AUGAUGAUCAGUCAGUGGUGGACGAUGAAAGAUGGGUGGUCGUUCAACGGUGGAUGGGUGACCGGAGAUGACAAACGAUUUUCCGAAGCUGUUGUCAUCAGCCAAACAGAGCCAUCUGACUCAUCCUUUCAAUCUCUCAGCUCCGCCUUCGUCCUCGGUAAGUCUCGCUCUCGCUCCUCAGUGAUUCCAUUGCAGGCGUCAACGCAUUUAGUCAAAGGGAAUUUAGGCUUUGAGAUUCCAAAACGGAGAGUUUUACCUCGCUUUAGUGAAGUUAGGCAGCGGAGUUUAACUUUGAAUCGCAAUUUUUGCAUCCGAAGUGGUUCCACUUGCAGCGGUUUAAGCUCAGUUAGCGUUUCAAUGGGAGCUGGACUUGUACGUGCCAGGAAUGCUAUCCAAACCGCCGUUCUCUCUUCGGCCAAAUCUCGAUCGGUCAAAGCUCGAAAUCAUAAUGCAGGUGGAGACAUUGAGGAUUUUACACCGAUCAACCCUCAGGAGAAAUCUUCUGGGACAGUUCUGCCAUUUGUUGGUGUUGCUUGUUUGGGAGCUAUAUUAUUUGGUUACCAUCUAGGGGUGGUAAAUGGUGCUCUUGAGUAUCUAGCUAAGGAUCUGUGGAUUGCUGAAAAUACUGUUUUGCAAGGAUGGGUUGUCAGCACACUCCUUGCUGGUGCCACUGUUGGUUCAUUUACUGGGGGAACACUGGCAGAUAAAUUUGGCAGGACAAGGACUUUUCAAUUAGAUGCUAUUCCACUUAUCAUUGGAGCAUUUCUUACUGCUACAGCCCAGAGUGUCCAGACUAUGAUAAUUGGCCGCUUAUUGGCUGGUAUUGGUAUUGGCAUAUCAUCUGCUAUAGUUCCUCUUUACAUAUCUGAGAUCUCACCAACGGAAAUUCGUGGUGCACUUGGAUCUAUAAAUCAACUUUUUAUAUGUAUUGGGAUUCUUGCUGCAUUGGUGGCUGGAUUACCUUUAGCAGGAAACCCACAAUGGUGGAGGACAAUGUUUGGCAUUGCUGCUGUCCCUUCUAUUCUUUUGGCACUAGGAAUGGCUUUUUCUCCAGAAAGUCCUCGGUGGCUGUUUCAGCAAGGGAAAAUUCCUGAAGCUGAAAAGGCUAUAAGAACAUUGUAUGGAAAGAUAAGAGUUGCUGAGGUUAUGUAUGAGUUAAGAAAUGCAGGUCAAGGGUCUACCGAACCAGAAGCCGGAUGGUUUGAUCUAUUUAGCAGCCGUUACUGGAAAGUUGUGAGUGUUGGAGCUGCACUUUUCUUGUUCCUACAGUUAGCUGGGAUAAAUGCUGUUGUAUACUAUUCUACAGCUGUGUUUCGUAGUGCUGGAAUUGCAUCUGAUGUUGCAGCAAGCGCUCUUGUUGGGGCAUCAAAUGUCUUUGGCACAGCUAUUGCAUCCUCUCUGAUGGACAGACAAGGAAGAAAAAGUCUUCUGAUGACAAGCUUUGCUGGAAUGGCUGCUUCAAUGUUACUACUUUCUUUAUCAUUCACCUGGAAGGUCAUGGCUCCCUAUUCUGGCACACUAGCCGUUGUUGGAACUGUUCUCUAUGUUUUAUCCUUUUCGCUUGGUGCUGGUCCUGUGCCUGCUCUUUUUCUGCCAGAGAUAUUUGCUUCCAGAAUCAGAGCCAAAGCAGUGGCUUUAUCGCUUGGCACGCAUUGGAUAUCCAACUUUGUCACUGGCCUGUAUUUCUUGAGUGUCGUGAACAAGUUUGGGAUCAGCUCGGUGUAUUUGAGAUUCGCUGGUGUGUGUGCUCUUGCUGUCCUGUACAUAGCUGGUAACGUUGUGGAAACGAAGGGGAGAUCAUUGGAAGAAAUAGAGCUUGCUCUAAAUCCGACGAAUUGAUUUGUAGAAUAUCCAAAGGUAUGCAGUAAUAAUCUCUGAAUGUGGUUAAUGUUCAUGUAUUCCAUUAUCUUGCAUCUUUCGGUUGAAGCCAGACAGAAGCAGCCAGUUUUAGUGAGAUGUUUGUUACUUGAACUCUGGAAAUUGUAGUACUUUGUGCAGAGAUUUCUGGUUGUUUGAACUGUCGGUUUAUGGAAUACAAGAUGUUGCGCAUGAAAAUACCAGCC